GCUGACGACGUCUUUUGGCGUGUUCUGCUUCUUCUCCGAGUGCUGUUCUUUUCUUUCACAUCCCCUACCCCCUAUUCAUCCUCUUCUUCCUCCUUGAUCCCGGAUCCUCUCUUCUUCCGUUUCAUUCCCCCGGUUGUCAGUCGCCCAUGAAUCCCGUCUCCCGUGUGGCCCCCCGUUGUACAUACCAUUAAUCUCAGCAUUAUCCAGCAUUUUGGCAUCGGUGUCAGCUUAUCUUUCGGCAUUUACUUAUAAUCAUACAUCACAUCCCGGCAUCUAUAGUUUCAGGCUGGAAUCCAUCGGAUAGGGGCAAACACGCGACACCGACGGAGCUGCUUAUACCCCUCGCUUGAUCCGUCCCACCGUUUGUAACAUCCAUCGCUCAUGCUUGCUCGUUCGUCCUGGUAGCUCCGAUCUGCGAUCUUAUUUAAAGCGUCGUCCCGUCGCCCCAUUAUCGCACGUCAGCCAUGGCGUCGACUACCAACAACACUGUCGAUCUGGGGAAGCCCCAGUUCGCUUCCCACUCAUGGGCUGAGCCGAUCAUAGUCGUGAGCAUCAUGCUCAGCUCCUUAUACUUCAACCGUCGCAGAGAUUUCAGCAUCUUCGGCAAAAAUAACAACCGGGAUCUUGGGUCGUCACACCCGUUGUAUGUGAAAGACGAGGAGGCCGAUCCCUUCGACCCAUACUCGGAGAGAGAAAGCGAUGACCAGGCCCGGGCUCAACCGCCCGCCAACCCACAUCCCCCGAAGUAUCGCAAAUGCCUGUGGUACACGGUCGAGACACCGAACUCGUCUCGUUUUGCUCGUCAUUUCCACAGUCGGAUCCUGCAGAAGUUCCCCUUCUUGGUCGAGAUGUUCUACUGGGUUAUGAACUAUUUGUUCUAUUCGUGCACCAAAGCCAUUGCGCAAUCGCUUUCUCCCGCCGGUAGCGACGUCGUCCAGCUCGCCCAGGAUCAUGCCAUUGGACUUUUAAAGGUGGAACAUGACUCGUUUUUCAGCAUCUUCUUUCCUAUUCAGGAGGCCGAUUUCCAGGCUUUCUUUGUCAACGGCCAUCCAGGAUGGAUGACCUUCUUCAACCGAAUCUAUUCCCUCGUCCACAUCCCGGGAACCGUCGCUUUUCUCUCCUGGUGGUACUUUUCCGCCCCCGACUUUGAGACCUUUGCCAUUGUCCGUCGCACCAUGACCCUCGGCAACUUCAUGGCAUUUAUCAUCUUCUGCUUCUGGCCCCUGAUGCCUCCGCGUCUUCUGCCCGAAUCUUACGGUUUCCACGACACUGUGCGUCAGGAGCACGCCGAGAGUGUCUGGGUGGGAGGAAAAAUGGUGAACCAGCUGGCCGCCAUGCCCAGCUUGCACUUCACCUACGCGUUCUGCAUCGGCAGCACAUUCUUCUACCACUCCGGUGUUCUUCACCGCCUUUUCGGAAAGCGCAGCACCCGCACGACUCUGAAGGACAUUGUCUUUUUCAUCCUGGGCUUCAUCUAUCCACUAUUGGUUUUGGCUGUGAUUGUCGCCACCGCCAACCACUAUUGGAUGGAUGCUACGGUUGCUACCUUUUCUGUCACCUUUUCUUUCUUCUGCAACGGGAUCUGGAUGGUUCUGCUGCCCUUGGAGGACAUGCUGCUGUGGCUGUUGCGGCUGGAGAAGCCCAUCCCCACGACCGGGAACCGCCGAGGCUUGCCUCAAGACGAUGACCGUGAGGGUGUUGAAUACCGUCCACUAUAGGCUAUAACCGAUAAUACACUAAUCGAGAUCUCGCUGGUUUGCGUUAUUAUCAGCAUCUACGACCUUGGCAUGGAUGACAGAGUUGUUGCACGGCGUCAUUCCGAAUGGAAUCUGAACAGCCAUGUACAUCAGUCCAGCUAUCCUCAUCUUGGUCUGCUACCACGCUCGGGUUUGUUGGGUGCUAUGCGCUGGACGCCAAGUAUGCGAUGUAAUGACAUAUAGAAUAUAUACGAUCAUCCACUCCUGACGCAGUAGUAUACAAUCAGUGAU